UUAUCUGUUAACUCAAUGAUGCACAGUCUGCGCGGCACGGUCUUCUCCUUCUUGGUCAUUUUCAGCAUUUGUAUGGCUGUGAAAAUAUCCACUCCGCCGCAGGAAGUGACAGCCACUUUCAAAUCAGACGUACUACUGCCGAGUUUUUUUAAACUGAGCAGCCCACAAUAUGGACUGAAAUAUACCACUGCAAAAUGGACAAGAGCAAAAGACAAAUCAAAAUUGUCAGAGCUGAUUUAUAAGAAUGUAACAAACUACAGCCGUGCAAAUAUGUCAGAAAGUGAACUAAAGAAAGGGAAUGCCUCCCUAAGUCUCAGUAUGGUCACCUUUGAAGAUGAAGGAGAAUAUCUAUUUGAGAUAGAAGAAGCAGCAGAAAUCCCCCAAAGUCUCAUCAUUGUGCUAAAAAUUAUUGAGAAGGUAGAGAAGCUCUUCUCUGAGGCAGUGACUGAAGGUGCAAACAAGAUGAUCACUGACCCCAUCUCAGUUACAACUCAAGGGCCAACUGUGGGAAAAGUGAUGGUAAUAGUGGGGCCAACACUGGCCGCACUGGGGGUGCUAGCUGCACUGGUAUGCUUGUAUGUGAAACGGCGACUAUUUCUGAAAAGCUGCAUAGCUUAUCGGAACAACUGUUGCAAUGAUCCUGAAAACCAAGAGGCUAACAACUCCAGACCGGAGAACAUACCUCUGCAGCAAGUACUCUGAAUCAGAACACAACUUACUCUGAACUGAACAAUGGAGACAGUGAGACACCUUUGGGCACUUCGCAGUGAUGAAGGACACGUUUUGUGGAUUUUCUACCAUACUACUGAAGAAGAAGUGGUGCCCAUUUGCACUUGUUGCUGUUCUCCCUAAAAAAUGCACUUUGAGGUUUAGGGUUGUCAGU